AUGAUUCCUUACAGGAGUUUUAAUGAGGCUGUCAACGGUUUCACUGAUGAGGGGUGGUCAAUGAUGGAAAAUGAUGGCAUCGAUGACAUUACUAUCCUCGUAAAUUCAUCUCCUGACAAGCUGAUGAGCCUCAACCUUUCCUUUGCAAAUGGGUUUUCAUUUGACAGCAAUACGGUCUUAUGUGCAAAGGCAUCAAUGCUCUUACAGAACAUACCACCCGCAGUUCUUCUCCGUUUUCUACGGGAACACAGAUCAAAAUGGGCAGACACUAGCAUUGAUGCCUACUCUGCUGCAGCUAUUAAAGUUGGUCCGUGUAGCUUACCAGGGUCUCAAUUAGGAGGUUUCGGUGGUCAAGUCAUACUUCCGCUGGUGCAUACCAUCGAGCACGAAGAGUGCUUAGAGGUCAUUAAGUUGGAGGGGAUUACACAUUGUCCUGAAGAUGCAAUAAUGCCAAGAGAUAUUUUUCUCUUGCAACUACGCAGUGGAAUGGAUGAAAAUGCCAUGGGCACCUGUGCUGAGCUUAUAUUUGCUCUAACUGAUGCUUCUUUUGCUGAUGAUGCACCUCUUUUGCCUUCUGGUUUUCGCAUCAUUCCUCUUGGUUUUGGGAAGGAAGCCUCUAGUCCAAAUCGCACUCUUGACUUUGCUUCGGCCCUUGAGAUUGGACAAGCUGGAACUAAAGCAUCUAAUGAAUACUCCGCUAAUUCUGGCUGUAUGAGAUCUGUGAUGACCAUAGCGUUUCAAUUUGUCUUUGAGAGUCACAUGCAAGAACACGUAGCAUCCAUGGCCCAACAGUAUGCCCGCAGCAUUGUAUCUUCAGUUCAGAGGUUCGCAUUAGCACUUUCUCCAUCUAAUUUAGGCUUCCAUGCUGGUCUCCGAACCCCGCUGGGUACUCCCGAAGCAGACACUUGCUCAUUGGAUCUGCCAGAGUUAUAG